AUGACCCGUCUGUCCCCUCAGAGCCAGGACUGGAGUAAGAGUGAUGAGAGACUACUGCAGGCUGUAGGGCAGAACGAACCUGACAAAGGUCAUCUGGACUGUCUGGAGGUCAUCCUGGCUCACGGGCCAGACAUUAACGUGACAGAUGGCUCAGCUGUGAGCGGCUGCUUGUCCUGCACUGAGACUCUGUGGGACUGUAAGGCCAGUCUGGAUGCCCAGGAUGGGGAUGGGGUGAGCCCGCUGAUCCUAGGAGCCCAGAUGAGCAGAGUGGAGCUGUGUGCUUUCCUGUUGGACAGAGGGGCCAACCCCAACAUACAGGACAACCAGGGCAGGUCAGCCCUGAUGCUGGCCUGUAAGAGUGACAGUGCAGAGACAGUGGAGAGGCAGCCCCCACCUCCCCCUCCUCUGCCAGGGGGGACCACCCCCCGCAAGAGGCAAGCCCCUCCUCCACCUCGCUCCCCUCCCCAGAGCUCUCCUCCCCCUGCCUCUCCCUCAGCUCAGUCUCCAGAGACACGGCGCUCUAAUCAGGCCAACCUCAAUGAGGAGGUUUUUGAGGAGAUCCGAAGGCUGCGUCUGGAAAGGGGGCGUCUGCUCCAGAAGAUUAAAGGUCUGGAGCAGCAGCAGAACAGCGCACCCACUGCCGUGGAGGAGCUGACCCAGCUGAGAGAGUGUCUGGAACAGGCGGAGGCAGAGCGGGACAGGCUACAGACUGAGCUGGAGGAGCUGAAGGCAGGUCAGGUGAUCGGAGCCAGUGACUCAGAUGAUGACAUACUGGACUUCCCAGGUGCUGAGAAGCUGCUCUCCAGGCGGUCCAGAGAGUCUCCCUCUGCUCUGGACGAGGAGGAGGCAGACUCCCCGAACUCCACCUCUCCUGGUCCUGCAGACCCAGACACUGUGGCUGAGCUAUGCAGACAGGUGGAUGAGCUGACCUCACAGAACCAGGAGCUGGUCCUCAAAGUGCAGAUGCUGGAGAUGUUUGAGAAGGAUGACCCUGACAUGCAGACAACCGGCCCAGACUUUGUCCCCAGGGCUCUGUAUGACUCCCUCAGGAGGGAGUUUGAAGCUCUACAGGAGCGCUACUCCCAGGCCCAGGCUUCAUCUGAGGCCUCCAGCAUGGCGGGAGAGGGUAAGGAGCUGAGGGAGAGGCUGUGUGGCAAGGAGGAGCAGCUGGCCCACUCCCAGUCUGAGCUGGAGAGGCAGCUGGCCCACUCCCAGUCUGAGCUGGAGGAGCUGAGAGAACAGGUGCACCUGAGGGUAUAUUCUGGGGAACAGGCAGGGGGAAUGGGGGGUGAGAGAGAGACCCCAAGGGGCAGCAGCGAGGUGGUGAGCCUGGAGACGCAGCAGCUGAGAGAGAAGCUGGAGGGGGAGCUGAGGGACUGUGUUCCCUGUUCGGAGAUGGUCGAGGUGCAAGUGACCCUGCGUCUGCAGUGUGAGCAGCUGGCCAGGGAGAGGUCCGAGGCCAGCCUGAGACUGAACAAGGCCCUACUGGAGCUGGAGAGACUACGGCCCCCCAGCCCCACACACUGUCAGGGAGAUGAGGAAGAGAGGUCGGAAGGGUCAGAGUCCUCCAUCACAUCCGAGCGCUCCCUGAGACGGGUGAGGGAGGAACUGGAGGUGGCUAGGCAGGAAGCAGCUCAGGCGCCGGACUGUCUGUGUGCGGAGCGCGAGGGUCGGUCUCAGGACACCCUCCACCUGAGACAUGCAGUACCCCUGUCCCAACACACAGAGGCGCUGACAGCUCUGUCGGAGCAGCUGGCCCAGACAGCCCAGGAACUGCAGGCGGAGAGGGCUUUGCGAUGCCACGCCCAGACAGAGACGGCCAGGCUGGAGGCCCAACUACAGGCCACACAACAGGACCUUAUACCCUGGGAGGAGCAUGACAAAGUUAAGGCGGAGCUGCAGCGCUCCCUGCAGGCUAGUGAGAAUAGUGCAGCGGAGACCAAGGAGGCUUUGCGUGUGAAGGAGACAGAGCUGAGAGACCUGAGGUCCCAGAAGGCUGUGGAACAGGGCCUGGUGUCCAAGGAGGACCACGAGUCCCAGCGCCUCUCACUGCAGGCCGAGAUCAACGCAUUCACCGCCCAAUUCAACAACCUCACACGCAAACACGAGAAGACUUGCACCGAGGUGUUCCAGGUGCAGCGUGAGGCUCUGUUUAAUAAGAGUGAGUGUCAGGUGGCCGAGGCUCAGCUGGCCACAGCGCAGCAGCAGCUGGCUGACCUGCAGGCCCAGUCCAGCCACGUCCAGGAGCUCCACAAAGACAUCCAGGACUCCCAGGCCCUGGUCAAGGAGAAUGACCGCAAGGUAAGACUGAGACACAAAUGA